AUGGGGACUGAGGUAGCAGCCGUAGUGGACGUCCGGUCGCUGACACAGUCGGAUCUCGUGGCCCUAGCUGCUGCGUCGCCCUACGCCGUCGACCCCCGCCGGGGCCGCCGCCGCGAUGGCGAGUUCCUCCCGCCCCCGAAGAUCGACCGCGCCGUUUUCAACGAGAGCGCAGGUUCCCGCAAGCAGACCUUCUCCCGCCGCCGCGUCGCCACCAACAUAUCCCACAACCUGACGCCCACCACCACCGGGGCCGCCUCCUCCUUGUCUACGCCAGCUGCCCCCACCGAGGAGGACCCCGAGAACCGCCUCAUCGUGUUCCACCUCCAACGCCUCUUCGCGCUUGACGACCCCUCGUACCCUGCUCCGCCUCCGAUUCCACCCCGACCGCAAACCCUAGCCGCGCCCGCGAUAACAGCACCUGCGCCGUCGCCGCCGGCGGCGGCGGCUGCUGCUGCGGCGACAGACCCCGAUAGGGUAGUGCUGAAUCCAAAGGGUGUGGCGGUUGAUCUGGCGAGGCUCGCCGAGCUUGUGGAUCCCUAUGGGGAGGAGCUACGGCAGCGUACGGCAGGAUUGGGGUCGGAGUCCGAGCUGCUGGGAUUCAUGAACGCGCUGGAAGGGCAAUGGGGAAGCAGGAGGCGUCGAAGGAAGUUCGUGGAUGCUGGCAUGUUCGCUGACCACCUGCCCCGUGGAUGGAAGCUGCUGCUUGGGCUCAAGCGAAAGGAGCGUGUCGCAUGGAUUAAUUGCCGCCGUUAUGUGAGCCCCAAAGGACAUCAGUUCGCUACUUGCAAAGAAGUCUCUUCCUACCUCAUGUCCCUUAUUGGAUAUCAGGAGGCAAAGACAACUGCGUUUCAGAUUAAUAGUGCAGGAGUGCAUGGCCUAGAUGUUAAUUCUGUAGGUCUUCAUCAGCAAACCAUCUCAAUUGAGGAAAAGCAAAUUUCAGUGCCAGUUAAUUCAGUUACAUUGUUUAAUCCCUCUGGUGAUUCUCAUCAACAAAAACUUCAGAAGGAUGAAGCUCCAAUAGAAGUGAAUGCAAAGGAGUGCCGGAAAUGCAAUUUGACGUUUCAUGACCAGAGCGCCUAUAUGCAACAUCAGUUGUCCUUUCACCAAAGGAAAGCUAAAAGGCGCAGGGUUAGUAAAUCUGGAGAAUUGGAUACCAACAUAGAUGGAAAGUACGAGAAGACUCAGCACAAGACAUCUGGAGAGGUAUCUGGCAAUUUUGGCCACAGCGUUGUAGAUGUAAGGAAAAAAGAACCUUCUGUGUUGCCUCAACAGGAAAAGGAACCUUCUGUGUUGCCUCAACAGGAAAAGAACCUUCUGUGUUGCCUCAACAGGGAAAAGAACCAUCUAUGUUGCCUCAACAGGAAAAGAACCUUCUAUGUUGCCUCAACAGGGAAAAGAACCUUCUAUGUUGCCUCAACAGGAAAAGAACCUUCUGCGUUGCCUCAACAGGGAAAAGAACCUUCUGAGUUGCCUCAACAGGGAAAAGAAUCUUCAGGAGAUAUCUCUGUGAAUCAUCAGGACCCUCUUAAGGAGAUGAAUGGCUUUCCUGAACAGGAAAAAGGACUUGCUGCUGGAGAACUCGUCCCUGUGCAUCAUAAGGAGUCUCUUAAGGAUAUUACAGAUACAGGUGAAAUAAUAAAAGAACAUCCCACCAGAGAGCCUUCCUCUGGGCAUCCUCUGGAUACUGUUGACAAUUCUGAUGACCAUAAAACCCACGAUGAAGCAUGUGACAGUGCUGUAGCUUCUCUUUCUGUUGAUGCUGAAAGAAAAUUGAGUAUUUGCAACUCCAUGAAUGUUCAUGAGAAUGUCAGCUCAAAAGAUUCAGAACUUUCAAGUGCAGAUUAUUCCCAAAAGUUCAAUAGGUCUGAUGAAACUUGUGAUGUACAUAAAGAGGUUUCUUCAACUGUAAAUGAUCCUGAUGAAAGAAAAUGCACAGAUGAUCCAACGGGGUGUAUUAAUAUGACACAAUCCAUACAAGUUUCUGAGUCCUGUGAUCUACUGCAUGGCAAAUUUGUCAGUUCUCCUGAAGAACAUGAUUUUAAUGGCCAGCUGGAAAGUAACCCACUUUCAGUAUCUAGGGAUGAGCCUGAUCUUAAUUCAAUUGGUAUGGAAGUGGAUGAUGGCAAUAUAUCUUGCAACGUCGAAAACCCCAGAAGCUUCAAAAGUGACAAAUCUGCUGAGGACAAGAUUAUGGAUUGCGAAAUGACUUCUUUGAAAGACAGUGAACUAAAAAAUGGUGUGAGAGUAAGGGAUGUAAAUCUCAAUUCAUGUUUGGAUUCAAUAUCUUCUCCUAUUUCUGGUGGAAACUAUGAAACAUCUGAUACUCCUGAUGAUGCUAUUCGAUCAUCCAUUAUUGCCCAAUGCUUCGGUACUACCUCUAAUGAUGACACUGCUUGUAAGGAUGGAAACUUUGCCGACCAGAACAACACCUGUAAGGGUGAACAUUUUGUCAACCAGAAAAAUGACAUGAUGUAUCAAUCUAAUUUGGCCAUGGACCCUAUACCUCGAGCUCAAAUAAAUGUGGAUUGUUUCACUUCUUCCUGUUCAAUGACUCCUGAAAUCAAGGACUAUGGCAACAGAGGUGAAGAUAGUGCCAAAGAAGCAUUGGUGAAUUCACAAAACAUGACAAGUAAUGAAACUGGUUUUGAUGCUGAAGCUUAUAACAGUGAUAUCUUCAAUGGUACUAUCACAGAAAGUAGUCUUGCCCAGCUGAAUAAUGUCAUUCAUAUGAAACAUGAUUUUGCAAACUGUUACUCAUUAUCUGACCUAAACACACUUACUGGUGGUGGUACAACAACUGAUGAUAUUGAUAUCCACAAUAUGAGGAGUUCUUUUGUCAGCUCCACCAAUCGAACUGAACCAAAUGAGCACUGCACGUUGGAUUUUGAUAUCAAGGGUUCCAUGCUUGAGGCAUUGGAAAAAUCUGACAGUGACUUAGAUAAUCAAUACAACGAUGCGGGCCCUUCUUGUGACUCACUACCUGCUACUGGGACAAGUGGGACUAUUGAUGAUUUUAUGGCCAUGCAAACCAAUUUUGGUAGCUUUACUUCUUUGGUUCGUGCUGUUGAAGAUGUUCCACUGAGCAGGAUUAUGCAAGAUCAGUGUGAUUUGCAACUUGGAUUUGGUGGCCCCAAGCAGCAGAUCUAUCCAAGCUUUGAGCAACAGCUAAGGAUGGCCUCAGCUGGAGCUCCGCCUUAUGGGGGCAUGGGUAGGCAUGACUCUAUACCUGUACCAGAGCCAACAUUGAUGCUAGGUUAUGCACCACAGCUGGGUAACUGCCCCCCUCCGUUCCAGUUGGGCUGGGGUCCGUCCUAUUCGAAGAUGGUUGACAUGCUCCAAUCUGUGUGCGUGUGGUGCAAUAGCCCAUUCCAGCAUUUCGGCACCGUCGCUGAGCAGCAGGCAGAUUCUCUUGGUUACAUUUGCCCGUCGUGCAAGGGGAAGUUUUCUGGUCAUCUUGGCAUCAACGGGCCAUCUAUUUGA